AUGGAUGUUAGUCUUCUAAUUUCAAAUUUUGGCUCGGAAAAUAAUGACAUUAGAUUACAAGUACACGAAAUAAUUGACAAAUAUAAGGAAGAUCCCGAAUUUAUUCAACAAUUAAUAGAAUUUUUAUUCGAUGAUUUAACAACCUCUCAUUUAAAGUAUAUAACAUUAAAGACAAUCGAGUUUUUUAAGAUCCCAUUAAAUGAAUCAGUUGUAAUUUCAUUUUUAAAUUUUAUUUCAGUUGAUUUUCAACUCUUACGCUUUGAAGUUAAUCAAAUAAUAACAAAAUACUUAACUGUAAGCAAUUUGUCUGACUUAUUUACUUAUUUUCAGAAAUUUCCAGAAGAUGUUUUAUAUUGUUCUUCAAAAAUCAUAGCAAAUGAUACAAGACAUGAAUGUCCAGACUUUAUACUUUCAGAGUGUAUAGAUAUUGUCAACGAAUCAACAGAAUUAAAUUUAUUAAUUUUGGCCAUUAAAAUUAUAGCAUUAAAUGACGAUGCAUCACAAUCUUUAGCCGAAAGAGCUUUUGAAAUUUAUCAAAAUGAAAUAACUUACGAAAAUUUUCCUUUAUUUAUUGAAUUAUUCCCAAUUUUACAGUAUAAUCCUGAGAGCCAAGAGCUAUACGAUCUGUUGCAGGAAAAGAUCAAGCAAUUGGCUAAUUUGACUCCUUUCGAAAACGAAAAUUUCGAAUUUAUUGAUGAAAAAUAUAACAUUUCAUUCCUUGGAUAUUGUUUGGUUGAUUGGCUCAACAAUAUCAUUGUGAAUCUUCCAGAAAUGGCCGAAGAAGACCAAGAACCAGAAUUUAAUAUUGAUAUUUUCAAAUUAUAUCCUUAUAUCUGCAUGUUAUGCCAACUACCAGUUCAAGAUCGUAAUUUAAUACUCAAUGAUCCAGAAGCUUUCCUUUUAUUCGCUGAUUAUCUUUCAUCAUAUGAUAUCAACCAAGAAGAAAGGGAGAAAACCUUAAGAUAUUGCUGUUUUGAGUAUUUUGCAUAUGCUGAAUCCGAUCAAUUAUGCAAAUUAAGCCUAGAAUUAAUGGAAAAAUUUCCAAAUCUACAAGAACCAAUUUUAUACAUGUAUGGACAGAGUCUUUACGCAGUAGUUGAUUGUAAUUUGAUAACUAUUGCAAUUCCAGCCAUUUUAAACGUGGAUGAUCCAUUGGCAGUUUGUAAUUACAUUCCUUUAGCCUGUUACAAAGGUUUGAUAGAAGAUAUGAGUGAACUUAUACAAUAUAAUGACUUCAAGAUAAGUUUCAAUGCAUGCAGAGGCAUAACAAAGAACAAAAAAGUUUAUUCCGACUUUUGUUUAGAGGCAAUUCUUAAGACUUUUGGAUUUUUUGAACUCUUUGAAACAGGGAUUGUUAUUUCUCUCCUUGAAUUGAUCAAUAAUCUGCUUCAAAUUUCAAAUAAUUUCAAUUCUGACAUUUUUCAACUGUUUUUUGAGUUGUUAAAGAAUACAAUGAGCCAAUUUAUAGAUAAUGAUACCACUGAUGCUUGUUUAAGGAUCAUUAACAAUUUUAUUUCGGAAUCAAAAUAUUAUCCUUUCUUGUUUGAUGCUUUUCUACCAGUUUUAGAUCAUUUUACGAGUAAUACAGAAACAUUUGACAUAGCAAUCCAGCUAAUUUCAACAUUAUUCAACAAAUUGCCUAAAAAUGAUGUUGAAAUUCCUUUUGAUGUUGCUUUUUUACGUGAUUUCAUAGUUUCUUAUUCUGAAAAUGAACUGAGCAUUACAGUUCUUCCGUAUUUGUCCAAAUGUUUUUCAUUUCUUUGUCGAAUUGGAUAUUUCCAAGAGACAUUCGAAUUCAUUUGUAAGAUAUUACCAACUGUAUUGGAUAAUUCUGCUCAAAGAUUCGUUGGUUCUUUGUUAUUGAAUUAUAUCUCAUUUAAUCCUAAUCCAAAUGAGCUAAUUCUCUUAAUAUUGGAAGCUGGUAAGCAAUAUCUGAUAUCGAAUGCUGAUUCUGAGCAAACAUCUAAUUCAAAAAAUUCCGUAUUGAGAUUUUUAUCUCAAAUUUUAGGUUUUUAUUCAUUAAAUUGCACGGAUUUCCAUCCCAACGAAGACAUGAUUGCACUUGCUCAAUAUGUAAUUAGUAAUGUCUGUUUUACUACUGGAAGAUUUGAUUAUUUACUUUCUCUUAUGUUCCUUUUCAAAUGCCAUCCUAAUACAAGUGAUGUUUAUGCAGAGCUUCAACACUAUUUGACAAUGAUAUUCUAUGAUAUUAAUGAAGGAGAAUCUUACCACGUCGAAGCAGAAAAUUACUUUGUUGAUGAUCCUGUAGUUUCUUCUCAUCCUCUUUUUACCUGUUCUAUUUAUGGAUUCAUGAAAUCUCUAAAUGUUGAAGGUUGUCCUGAAUUUAUUCCAAAAUGGCUUGAAGAGCAUGCGAUAUUCUUCUUUAGAGAAAAUUCUGGCCAAAACUAA